CUCCUGCACCCCUCACUCGGCCCCGCCCCCUCCCCGCGCGAGUGCUUAAAACCCCUCCAUCCUGGCUGCAGGUCACACCUGCACCAUGCCUGCCUGUCGCCUCUGCCUGCUGGCCGCUGGCCUCCUACUAGGGCUGCUACUGUUCACCCCCCUCUCAGCCACAGGCACCGAUGAAGCAGAGAAACCCGGCGUGUGCCCCCAGCUCGAACCAAUUACGGACUGUGUGUUGGAGUGCACUUUGGACAAGGACUGUGCGGACAACCGCAAGUGCUGCCAGGCGGGCUGCAGCUCUGUCUGCUCCAAGCCUAAUGGACCGAGCGAAGGAGAGCUCUCGGGGACAGAUACUAAACUCUCAGAGACUGACACUACUACUCAAUCAGCAGGCCUUGACCACACUACUUCACCAUUGGGAGGUCAAGUCUCCACGAAGCCACCGGCUGUGACCAGGGAAAGCUUAGGUGUCCAAGAAAAGCAGGGGAGCUGCCCCAGUGUGGACUUACCCAAGCUCGGCCUCUGUGAGGACCAGUGCCAGGUGGACAGCCAGUGUUCUGGCAACAUGAAAUGCUGCCGCAAUGGAUGUGGGAAGAUGGCCUGCACCACACCCAAAUUCUGAGCUUCAGCCACCAGCAGCCUGAGGAAUGGAGAGAGGUUGUUUCUGCCGGACUGUGCAUCUGGAGUCGUCCUGUGGCCUCUUUUCUCUCUGGUCUUUGCAUUUCUUCCUGGCCCGACAAAAGCAUCUCCUUUUUCUAACCAAUAAAGUGAUCACUUUCAGCAAUGGAGAAGCUAUAA